GGAUUACUUUGGAAUUCGGUUUGUGGACCCUGACAAGCAAAGGCACUGGUUGGAAUUUACAAAGUCAGUUGUGAAGCAGAUGAGGGCCCAGCCUCCAUUCACCAUGUGUUUUCGUGUGAAGUUUUAUCCCACUGACCCCGCUGCUCUGAAGGAGGAAAUAACCAGGUACUUAGUCUUCCUGCAGAUCAAGAGAGAUCUCUACCAUGGCCGUCUUCUCUGCAAGACUUCAGAUGCUGCUUUGUUAGCUGCCUAUAUCCUUCAAGCGGAGAUUGGGGACUACGACCCGGGCAAGCAUCCGGAAGGCUACAGCUCCAAGUUCCAGUUUUUCCCUAAACAUUCAGAAAAGCUGGAAAGGAAAAUUGCAGAGAUUCACAAAACAGAACUGAGUGGUCAGACACCAGCUACUUCGGAGUUAAAUUUUCUACGGAAAGCCCAGACUCUGGAGACCUAUGGAGUUGACCCACACCCUUGCAAGGACGUGUCAGGAAAUGCGGCGUUUUUGGCCUUCACUCCCUUCGGCUUUGUUGUUCUGCAGGGAAACAAAAGAGUUCACUUCAUUAAAUGGAAUGAGGUGACCAAAAUGAAAUUUGAAGGAAAGACAUUCUAUUUAUAUGAAAAGAAAAUUGUUCUUACAUAUUUCGCUCCGACACCAGAAGCCUGCAAACAUCUCUGGAAGUGUGGGAUAGAAAAUCAAGCUUUUUACAAGUUGGAGAAGUCAAGCCAGGUCCGAACAGUGUCCAGCAGCAACUUGUUCUUUAAAGGAAGCCGGUUCCGAUACAGUGGCCGGGUUGCAAAAGAAGUGAUGGAGUCCAGCGCCAAGAUCAAGCGGGAACCUCCAGAAAUACACAGGACGCCGGUGCGCUCGGCCUCCCACGGCGACGCCUUCGUGCCCCACGCCAGGACCAGCCGCGCCGAGAGCAGCGAGCGCGUGGCCGUCAUCUCGGACGAGAACUACAGCCCGGCGGACAGCGUGCUGCCCACGCCGGUGGCGGAGCACAGCCUGGAGCUGCUGCUGCUCGCCCGGCAGAUCAACGGGGCCCCGUGCAGCAUCGAGGAGGAGAAGGAGUCUGAAGCCAACACGCCCACCGCGGCCGAGGCGCAGGAGCUGGGCGGCGAGGUCAAGGCCUUGUGCCAGGGUCUCGGUGGCGCUGGCGGGACACAAGCGGAACAGGCGAUGGUUUGCCUGCAAAAUCCGCUCCGUGGUAAACCUGCUCAUUGACACCUGAAGGCAGGAGUCUCCAAAUAACUAGCCAGGUGGACUCAGAAGAUACCUGCUACCUGUUCCCAGCAAAUGGGACCCUUUGUGGCACCAUCGGCACAUACAAUAAGUCCUUCUUUCAUGACUCAAAAGUACAGUGCGACCUAGGACGUUUCUUUCCAAGGCGACGAAAGGGAUAGACUCAUACCAGAUCAAACACAUUUCUUUACAGACCCUCUUGCCUAACAUACUCAGCUGUUCUGUUUCCAACCUUGGAGCCCGCAGAAAAAUUUUAAGUUUUUAAUUUUGAUUUUCAUAGAUGCGUGUAUUACUUUGGAAGUAUCAAAUAAAGAGAGGAAUUUAUUUUACUAUUACUACUGAUUAUUGUAUUAGCAUCAGCCAGCAGCUGAGACUCUAGAGAUACUGUGUUAUGCAGGAGCUUCAGUAAUGGUGCUACUGAGUUGUAAUUUAAACACUCGUGUGUUGUUACGUUAUUGAAUCUGCCACUGUGCACAACACUAACACCUUAGAGGUACUGCUUUACAGCGAUUACUCCUUACUAAUCAGCGUUUCCCAAGUGGCAAGUCAUGGUUUAAUUUUAAUUGGCGAAUUCGAUUCGGUCCCGUGAGUUUGCUUUGGCACAAAUGACGGGUGUGAAAUAGAGACGUGGUGGUGUAAGUCUAUUCCUUUACAUAGCAUAGAAGAGUGACCGUGAAUAUUUAGCCUACUCUACAAACUCAGCCUUUUGUGACCUUUUUCUAAACCUUGAACUUUUAGUGCUCCAGCGGUGUGGAGCUUUGUCCUAGAGGUGUCAACCCCCACGUGAGGAGGGUGAUAGGACCCAUAGUUAGUAGACAGAUGUACUCAAUUACGUUUGACAAAGUCUGAGUGCGUAGCCAGUAGUAACCACAUUGGAUUUAUUAGCAAGACAUUUAGCCUCAGAAAGUUGUGCUUGUUUUGUACAAAAAAGAGACUGUUUCAACGUAUAUUUUAACAACAAAAAUGCUAUUUUGUUAUUGAAUCUAAUCAAGCCUUUUUUUACUUUAUGGAUUGGGUGAACAUAGUGCGCUGUACAAAGUGAUUCAAGUUGAGCAAAUGGUUUGAGAAUAAACGUUUUUGUAGACUGGACUCCUAACAUCAGAUUAACCCAUAACUAGUUUUGGAAUAAAGGGAGCUAUACUUUUAUGACUUUGCUGAAGGUAAAAAAAGGACAGAACUACAGAAGUAGAGGUAACACUGGAAGAGAAAAAAAAGGGGGCAACCAUUAAUCUAUUUAUUCCUAAGCAAAAAUACAUAAAUAAAACUAAUUCAUUUUUACUUGCAACAUAAACACUGGAAUCUUUAGUUAUCUGGGAAGUAUAACAGUCUAUUUACAAAGGGAGCAAUAAAAGCUAGUUCUAUUAAGUUUUUAUUGGGAAGUUGGACAUAUUCAACAAAGAAAAUGAAAACAAAUGAGGGAGUUUUAUUUCAUCUCAGGGAGAGAUUUUAUGUAAGCUGGGGCCAUAACUGCAGUUUUAAAAGCCUGAUUUUCAUGUUCUUGUCUUUGAGCACACCACCACCUAUCACUGCACACAAGUUCAAGCACUGCUGCGAGGGGGAGCGAGCGCGGCCGGUGCGCGCCCAGUCCUCUCCGAGGUCGGCUUUCAGUUCUGUCCCCACCUAGUGAAUUGGCACCUGGCAAAAGAGCGCGACAGUGAAACUUGGUAGAAAAAUUGUGAAACGUCAGCUGGACUUUGAUAGCUUGUCACUGCAAUAACUAAAGUCCAUUUUAACUACUGACUGUCAGGGAAAAGAAAUAAAGCAGUUGUGUCUCACCACUAAAGACCUAGCCAUAGCCAUCUGCUUAUCACAAAAGCUGAAAAGGAUUUUGCAUACAAUUAAUAACUAACUCUUUAAAAGACAGCUUAUGUUAUGAACGCUGCCAGGAGACGAAGGAUAGAUUUUUACAUGAUAUACUGUUUUAUGCAACAUAGCAAAAUUAACUUUUAGUGUAGUGUUCCUACCUCAGUCUGUAGUAAAUGGUGUUUCUAUGCAGUGAGUGAUAGUCUCAAACUUGACAUUUUUCAUCCCAGGUUAAAGAUGCAGUAUCCCAUUGUUUUAAUUGCUACUGCUACUGGUGUAAUGUCAUAACAGCAUAGCAUUGUCAUUCAAUGACACGUUCAGCUCUGAAUACUUUGUACGUUAGACAUCUUCCUUUAAAACAAAAUACAACAGAGGAAGUAUUGACCUUGAAAAAAAAUCUUUUACAUCAGCUUACUUUUAGACUAGCUAUAAAUGCCAAACCUAGUUUACCUCUGCAGUUUUCACCCAGCAUUUUACUGUAAAACCAUGAGAACUGAUAACUUUUUUGUUGUAUGUUUUUCCUGUAUGUUCCUUGUUAUGUCUUGUGUUUCACUACCUGUUAGUUCUACCUGUCUUUAUAUUACAAUGUUGUUUCCACAGAUUCUUAUAUCAGAAGAAAUCUAAGAGCAUACUGCAUCUUUAAGCAGUAGACGGUAAAAUACCUGAAAAUGUGAAUUUCUUAGUUUUCAUAAAAAAUCUAGAAAUUAACCUUUCAUGUGCCAAAUACUGUAAGUUACAUUUUCCUUCAAAAUGUACCUUUUUCUACAUAUUCAAUAUCUUAGUUAGCAUAAAAUCAUUGGU